CAGCUCACCCACAUCAUAGUUUCUGAGAAAGAGAGCUAGCUAGGGUUUUAUAACCCUUUCAGCUCCACACUCCCAACUCCAUUCAUUCUCUCUCUCUUUUCUUUUGCUUAAUACAAAUGGCCUUAAUGGCAGAUCACCAUUCCUUGGCAGUUGCAUUUGGUGUCUUAGGUAACAUCAUCUCAGUCCUUGUAUAUCUGGCUCCACUACCAACAUUCUACAGAAUAUACAAAAAGAAAUCAACGGAAAGUUUCCAAUCACUGCCUUACCAGGUGGCAUUGUUCAGCUCGAUGCUAUGGCUUUAUUACGCGUUAAUGAAAAAGGGUGCCUUCCUUCUCAUCACCAUCAACUCCUUUGGGUGUGUUGUAGAGACUAUAUACAUAGCUAUAUACAUAGCUUAUGCAACCAAGAACAGCAGGGUGUCUGCUAUAAAACUUUUUGUAGCUAUGAACGUUGCGCUCUUCUCAUUCAUCAUUAUUCUCACACACUUCCUGGUGAAAGGUUCAAUUCGUGUCCAGGUUCUGGGUUGGAUUUGCGUUGCUAUCUCUGUAUCUGUGUUUGCAGCCCCCUUAAACGUUGUGGCACGAGUAAUUCGAACAAAGAGCGUUGAGUUCAUGCCUUUCAACUUAUCAUUUUUCCUAACAUUGAGUGCAGUAAUGUGGUUUGCCUAUGGACUAUUUAUGAAGGACCUCUGUGUAGCUCUCCCGAAUGUGAUAGGCUUCGUCCUGGGGAUGCUCCAGAUGCUGCUUUACGCAAUUUACAGAAACAGCGAAAAGGUUAUAGAGGAGAAGAAGAUACCAGAACAAAUGAAAGGUGUUGUAGUGCUUAGCACAUUAGGCCCCUCAGAAGUGUAUCCUGUAGGUGUAGAUAUUGAACCAGAUGUUAAGCCAAAAGAAGAUACGACAGAGAAUGAACAGACAGGGGAGCCUGACAAAAAUGAUGUCAAAUGCUUGGAAGAUUCCAGUGAAUGUCCUGUUUGAUUUAAACACUAAAAUGUACCCACCCCAAGUUAUCAAAUUUGUUGUGAGUUCAGAUACCUCAUUUCUUUUCAACCGCACCACAACACACAACAAAUGAGCCAGGAUGUAUGUAUUUCUGCCAUGUUUUUAUUUAUGUCUUGGAUGCCAUUGAUACAGAAUAUGUAGUUAUUGUUUUUGAAAUUCCAGAGUGAUAGCUUUCUCUACUUUUCCUACAAA